UGGUGGAGUUGGAAGCCAAAUGAAAGUAACAGGAGUGAGUGGGAGGUGAGGCCCCAGCCACAGCCCGUGCAAAUAACCCGUUUCCAAAGUGGCCUUGGAGGGGAAGCAAAAGAUAGGACUGUCCUGGAGGUGGAGUCAAAGAAGUUUCCUUUCUUUUUGAAAGCAAGAAACCAGAAUGCGUUUAGUGCUUAAGGGAAGGAACCAGCCACAGGAGAGGGAAGAAAAAGUAGAAUGCGUAAUGACCCCCUCUCCAGGGGACAGCGUGGAGCAAAGUUCCUGAGCCGCCAGAGCUGAGCAAUUACCUUCACACCUGAGCAGCAACCUGAAGACCUCCCGCGUAGAGAGGAAAGACCUAGGCGGCGCACCAUGGCCGUCACGGCCCGCCUGCUGGCCACCGACGUGCAGCAGCUGCUCCAUAACAAGUUCGUGGUCAUCCUGGGAGACUCUGUCCAAAGGGCCGUGUACAAGGACCUGGUGCUCCUGCUGCAGAAGGACCUCCUGCUCACUCCCACCCAGCUCAAGGCCAAGGGGGAGGAGAGCUUUGAACGGGACAAGCUGGUGGACGGAGGCCAGCGGGGCCCCAUGCACAACGGCACCCAGUACCGGGAGGUCCGCCAGUUCUGCUCCGACCACCACCUGGUGCGCUUCUACUUCCUGACGCGCGUGUACUCCAGCUACCUCGAGGCCAUCCUGCAAGAGCUGCAGUCCAGCCAGCACGGCCCCCCGGACGUGAUCAUCAUGAACUCCUGCCUCUGGGACCUCUCCAGGUACGGUCCGGACUCCUGGAAGAGCUACCUGGAGAACCUGGAGAGCCUGUUCGAGCGCCUGAGCCAGGUUCUGCCCGAGUCGUGCCUCCUGGUGUGGAACACAGCCAUGCCCGUAGGCAAGAAGAUCACCGCGGGCUUCCUCCCGCUGGAGCACCGGCCUGAGGAUUCCUCCCUGAGAGACAGAGUCAUCGCGGCCAACUUCCACAGCUCUGUGGAAGCGAAGAAACACGGCUUCGAUGUGCUGGACUUGCACUUCCACUUCCGCCACGCGGGGCGCCACCUGCAGCGGGACGGAGUGCACUGGGACGAGCUCGCGCACCGCCGCCUCUCCCAGCUGCUGCUGGCCCACGUGGCCGACGCCUGGGGCGUGGAUCUGCCCCGGCCGGUGGACCCCUGCAUCCGGGAUGGCCCCGCGAGGACCGGACCCGGCCGGGGAGUUGAGCGGCAGCCCCAGGCCAGCCCAGAUCAACCGUCCAUGCCUCCUGCCGGGUACCGCCCCCUGCUCCCACUUCCCCAUCUACCCCCGACCCCGCCUCCCCUCCUGCCGUUGCCCCCACAUCCUCGCCCUUUUCCCUUUCACCCUGUGAUGACCAGAUUCCUGUUCGGUCCCCGAGAUCACUUUUUUGCUUCAGACCAUCCUUUCCAGUCCGAUCAGUUCUCCUCAAACCAUUUCCAUUCAGAUGUCCCCUCACCUACCCAGACAGGAUUUUCCUUUGAAGAUGAUCCCCAGCCACCCAGGCCCCCUUUCCCCACACCCUACCUGCAGCGGGCCCCUGUGGUUCAUAGGGGGUUUCCCCGGUAUGUACCUCGUGGCCCCUAUGUGCCCUGGGGUCGGCGGCCCAGAUCUUCCAAGAGACGGGCCCCAUCCCACCCACAGCCAAGGCCUCAAUAAACUGACUUGGGGGCCUUACUCCUCAUGGUGGACAUGGACUGGGCAGAUCAUCUGACUCUCCUGAAACAGCCUGACCUUGUUAACAGAAGCCUUUGGUCCCUGCUUGGACUUCUUUUUGGUCAUUGCUGUUACUAAUAAUGGCCUAGAAGAGCCCUUCAACCAUUUUUGUUGGCUGUGGCCUUUUCCUCCAAUCGCUGGCGGUGACCAAGCAUUAUUCCUGCCUCUCCACUCCCUGUCCUCUUUGUCUUUUUGUAAACCUAAAAUUGAAAUAAAGAAGUAGUUUCACAAAAGUA